CCGUUUGCGUGGCCGUGUCGAACACUUCCGCCAACUCGCCUCCGAGGCAGCAGAGAGCAAAGUGGAGCGGGCACUCAUCGCGGUGCAGAGGCCGGUGGAGGGGUGGGGGCCGGCACUCGUCCACCACCGAGGCCGCCAUCCCCGGGCGCCCCAAUCACGGCACGCCGCCUCACCUCAAACACUUCUCGCCCUUUGGUGCGAACGCGCCCCCUCCCAACCGCCCUUGACAACCCGCCACACCCGCCCCCACCGCAGAGUGAACGCAGCAGCCGGCAAUGUACUCUCCCUCCCUCAGCGGGCACGGCCAGCCCUCCGCGGAGGCGAGUCCCGUCAGGAUGGGACGCGGUGCACGAAGCUGCGCAACGCUGUCCUGCAGUGGAGGAGUUGUCCCCUGCACCGUGCACGCCCCCCGACUGCGUUGGGGUGUGUGGCCCCGUUCCACCGCCGUCCGCACCGCCACUUCCCUCCCUCCCUUCAGCCGCAGGAAACCCCAAGACGUGGCUCCACUUCGCGUUGA